UUGGUGGAAUCUUGUUGACGAGACGGCUGAUCAGUGCAAGUAUCAAGGAAGAUAAGUUUUUGCUGCAUUAAGCUCUUUGUCUUGGCAUCUAUAUUUCAGACUCUGAGCUCUGAAGGUCUCUGCUUUCCAAGAGGUUUGUUGUAUUAGUGAAAAAAGAGUUGUUUAGGGGCGGGUGUUAAGGAGGUUUUUUGGAGCAGCCAGUUGCUGACAGACGUUACGUCCUGGUUACGGCAGAGGGAAUGAUGGAUGAAGCAAAAGUGGCAGAAGUGAACGACGAAAACUUACGUUCAGCCGGCGCACAGGGCGAACAACAUGAUGAAGACAAGCACGAAGAACUUGAACCAGUGGAAGGGGAAGAAGCAGAUCAUGAUUCGGCUGGAAAUGAAGAAAAAGAAGACAGGGCAUCUGAUGUUGGCCCAUGUCUGUUCAUUGGUGGCCUAAACGCAAAGACAAACGAGAGUGACCUACGGAAAUACUUUGAAAAGUAUGGCACGGUCACUGAAUGCAGCAUCACCAGGAAGAAGGGAAGAGAUGGCAAGGAGGGUAGAUCUCGAGGAUUUGGAUUCAUCACCAUGGCGACCAUGGCGGAGACAGAGGUCAUCUUGGAAGACAGCCACAUGAUCGACGACAAAAUGGUCUCGCUCAACGUUUCCCGACCGCUGGAUGCACCAGAGAGAAAACUCCGCCUCUGCAUCAGCAACCUGGACAUUGAGAAAACCACGGAGGAGACCCUCGCCGCUCGCUUCAGUCAGUUUGGCUCCGUCAGCUCCUGCUCCAUCGGCAAGGAGCAGGUGAAUGGCAAGAUGGUAUCCAGGGGACUCGGGUUUGUCACUAUGGCAACGGAGGAGGAUGUACAGGCCGUCUUGAAUGCAUGCGUCAACGGCCGUCAGACGGUGGACGGAAAAUCGGUUCAAGUCAAACGGGCCGUUAGCGAUAAGCAACUCAACGACAAGUUUCGCAGGCUUUGGUUUGGCGGGCUGGACAAGGACCGAACCACGGAGGCUGACAUAGAGGACUACUUCAGCGCCUUCGGGACCGUCACUAGCUGCGUCAUCAUCAGAGACCCGCCUGCGACGGAGGCCGGAGAGUGCAAGUCCAAAGGUUAUGGCUUCAUCUGCAUGGCUAACAUUGUCGAAACCAGUGCCAUCUUGAAUCAUCAGGGACCACACAGGAUCCACGACAAAGAAUUGGUCUUCAACCGUGUGUUCCACCGACCAUCACGGAUGCAUUUGGAGUCCCAUCCCAUCAAAGAAAUCUAUGUCUCCGGACUUCGAGACACCACACUUACGAUGGAUGAUUUGAGAGCCUAUUUCAACACUCAUGCCAACGUGCAAUACAUCACCAUGAUCAGGCCAGAAGGCGCUGCCAGAAUAUUGCUGGAUAAUGCCGAGGAUGCUGAGAAACUCGCACAAAUGCACGAUCACUUCAUAAAGAGGCACUGGUUGACUGUGAGUAUGGUGGACCAGCCGUCACCCUUGCCUCAGUCUGAGAAACAGGACCCGUCCAAGAAGCACACCGCCAAACUGAAGCAGAGCUUUCAAAAGAAAGGCUCUGGUUAUAAAUUGAAUCAUCCCAGAGGCCGUGGAGCCCCGUUACGAGGAUCGCAUCCAUCCCAAGGCACGCGACCAGGGCAAGGUGGGUAUGGACGUGGAGCGAUGGAAGAUUAUUACUUUGAGGAAGAGCCGUCUCACUUUGGACCCAUCAGAGGGAGGGGAAUUUCGCAUCAUGCUCCUAGGGGACGGAUACCAGGAAGCGGUGGUGGAAACACUGGCGGCUGGGUGUUUGUGGAGAAUUUGUAUGGAGAGUCGGAGCAAGACUUCUACCCAAAGCGCCCACCCAAAGGAUUCAGAGGCAAGCAGGGGCGUGGUAGAGGCUACAGUGACCAGGGAGGGGGCCGCUUCACAGAUGCUGCCGGACUCGGUGGGGGAUACAGUGACGAAUGGGGGGAGACAGGCCCUGUGAAUAAGAGGAGGGGGCGGGGCCGAGGCCAUAGUAGGGGGUGGCCAUACGACACCAGACUGCCCUUCAUUUUCACGGUCUUUCUCGGUAACAUGGAGUCGGAAGAAGAUGUUGUGAUGAAUGACGGACGGGAACAAGAAUUCCAGGAAGAUGACAUGCAAGAAGGAGACGUCGAUUCUGAGAAAGAAUCAGAUCAGGAUGAGGUUGGAGAUGAAGGGCAGUCUGAUGGUGAAGAAGGAGACGAAGACAGGGACGAGCUGGAUGAGGAGAUUGAAGAUCCGAGGAAACUCUUCAUUGGCGGCCUGCACGCCAAGACAACAGAGGACGACAUGAAGGAGCAUUUUGGUGCCUACGGGAUGGUGGAGAGCUGCGUGGUUGCCAAAGACAAGUCGUUUGCCAACAGGAAGGGAAAGGGUUCUGCAGCAAAGGGCUUCGGCUUUGUCACAAUGUCAUCUGCCGAGGAGGCACAAGCCGUGCUGAAGGACAAGCACACCUUGCAUGGGAGAUCGGUGGCUGUCACGAUAUCAAAGCCAUUGACCGCCCCCGAGCGCAAGUUGAGGCUCAUCGUGUCCCACCUGGACAAGGAGAAGACCACGGAGGAGUCCCUGCAGGCCUACUUCAGCCGCUUUGGCACCGUGACCAGCUGUACCAUCAGCAAAGAGGAGGUGGAGGGCCGGAUGGUGUCCAGGGGCUUCGGCUUCGUCACCAUGGCCCUGCAGGAGGAAGUGGACACCAUCCUGAGCGAGAACUCCCACGGCCGGCAGUUGAUCGACGGCACCGAGGUGGAGGUCAAACAGGUCCACGUCGACCUGAGUAGAGCGAAGAGGCGGCAGAUUUAUGUGGGCAACCUGGACCCGGAGAAGACCACCAAGGCGGACCUCCGGGAGUACUUCAGUCAAUUUGGACCCGUGCAAGACCUGAAAAUGCCCCGCAAGGGGCGGGACACCCAGGCGGCCGACAAGGCCUAUGCCUUCGUCCGGAUGUGCAAUCAGGAGGACUACGAGAAGGUCAUCAAGUCCCAUGAGGGCGAGCAUGAGCACAAGAUAAACGACCGGGUCCUGGACGUGAGGAGAGCUGGGAUUGUGGAGAAUAAUGAAAAGUUACGCAAGUUCUAUGUUGGUGACCUGAACAAGGAGAAGACGGCCGAAACUGACCUCAAGGAAUACUUCGGUACUUUCGGGACCAUCGUAGAAUGCACCCUGGUCCGGGAGACCUCGGAGGUCGAAGGUCAGGAAGGCGCAUCCAAGGGUUACGCCUUCUUAUUAAUGUCCUCCAUUGAGGAGGUGGAUGCCAUCUUGAAGCAUCCCAAGCCCCACGUCCUACAUGAGAAAGAGCUGGUCGUCAACAGGGCAUCCCCACACACAUUACAUCGUGCCAUGAUCACAGAGCGCAUCACCAAGAUGAAUGUCACAAACCUUAAGGGCUCGGAAAUAACAGCGGAUGACCUUAGGGAAUACUUCAGCCGCCACACCAGUAUCGUGUCCAUCGAGCUACCCGUUCACAGGAAGACAGGCAAGCAACUGGGUUUUGCCGUCAUCGAGCUGGGCAGCCAUCACGACGUGGAGAAACUGGCCAUUAUGCACGAGCAUUAUAUCAGGGAUCACCGGUGUGUGGUGACCAAGUUCCGAAGGAAAGACGCGGAGCAGAGAGCAAAGCUCAAGAAGAAGGAGAGAAAGAAGAGGCAGGAAGCCAACCGAGGAAGGGGAAGAGGUUUCCCAAGGGGUGGUGGCCGGGGUGGCGGUGGUCCCCCUCGUGGAGGGAGGGGCCACCCACAGUGGAACAGGGGAGGAGGUCAAGUUCGGGGGCGUGGUCGAGGUCGAGGUGGUUGGAGGGGUGGCGGAGGUGGCGGAUGGGACAACUUUGGUGAAUAUGGUGAUGGAUAUUACCAGGGUUGGGAGUCCAGCUGCGGCCCGAUGAGAGGCUUCCGAGGGCGCGGUCGAGGCUUUGGCAAUCACGACAGAUGGGGCGGUGGGGGGUUUGAUGGAUGGGGUGACGGCUACGCUGACAACGGCUGGAGAGGAGGAUUCGGUAACGGCUGGGGCAGGGGCCCCCGAGCUCCAUGGCGAGGGAGAGGGGGUCCGAGAGGCCGGCCGUAUUAGUCAUGCGACCCAGACAUCGAUGUCAGCUGCAUACUUUAAAGUGCCAUUGGACUGUGCAUUAGUGAUGAAGGACAGAGAGUUGUACUAUUGACGCCGGAGAUGUUCAGUCGUCUUUCACGAUGGCCUGCGAUCGAUUCCGGUACCACGUCACAUCAGCUGAAGCGAAUUGGUUGCAACAUCAAGUAAGCAGCAGAACUCGCGUCAGGGAAAAAGAAUACUUUCUUUGCUACAGCGACAUCACUGAUGGUCUCUGCACGUCAAUCAGCAUCGCAAACUAUUGGGAGCGUCUCUCUCCGGGAAAUCAGUCUAUUGCAUCACAGACGUUAUUACCAUGGUUACCUGCUUUUGCCACAACACAUGCUGCAUUCACAAUGAAACACUAGUGACAGGUUUUCACAGCUAUUUAUACCAGCCAUCUGUUAUUUGUACGAUUUCUAUCAACUCCAAGAUCAUUUCAUUGAUCACGGUAGAAAAUAUGCUGGCCUGAAAAGCAAAAGACGGGAGUUUUAGAGAGAGAAUCAAUACAUUUUCAAACAGGGAAAGCAAGGAUGAGUGAUUCCAGUUGCCAAACGUGCUUGUGAAAUUCUGGCUUGUGUCGUGUUCCAACAAGGGUUGACAUUUUAUUUAUGAGCAGUGACGUGAUGGUUGGUGAAACAUGCAGAAUUCGUAUGAUAUUCCCGUCGCUUGCAUUCACGCAGGAAUUUUUAGGAUGGGACAAAAGUUUGAGAUAGGUUUGGGAAUUGAGCAUAGAAUGUACAAACCCUUGUUUGUGUUUUUAAUCUGUGUAUAUUGUAGAUUGUAGAAAUUGUACCUGGUGUUGUAGAACCUAAAGAGUAUGUCCCAUACAGCAGAGGGGAAAACAAGAAAUACGACAAUAGACCUCACCCAGACAGUUCCAGUCCAUGUUUUAUUCUUGUUAAACUAUUAGUUAUGGGCUCCAAACAUGAAAGCGUUGCUUGGACUGCAGUACCCAAAGUUUUGAGACUGGGAAACCCAGGUUUUAAAUGAAAGGAUUUAUUCAUUCAAAAUUGAUGUCUUCAUCAUUCCAACCAUUUUUAAUCAUUAUUUGGACGUCAACAUAUGUUGCGAGGGGGCUUUGAAGAAUACAAGAAAUAAGUUCUGUUUGAACAAAGCGUGCACAGUGCGACAGACCAAAACUGCAAAGUUGGAUAAUGUUUCUAAUUCCUGUGAUCUUGUGUUUUGUAAGUUGAUGAAACAGACACCACUCUGACUAGAAAUUGUAUUUAGAGAGCUGGUAAAGUUUUUUGAAGCUCUGGUUAUAAUGAACUCUCAGAGGCGAAGUGUCACAUCACAACUGUGUGGUAUGUACAAAAUUUUUCACCAAAACCUCAUCUAGCAGCCCACCACAUAAUACAGUCGGACCUCGUUAAUGAGAUGGCCUUCGGACUUGGCAAAUUACCUUGCUAUAACAGGAACCUUUAAUUAUCAGGAAUGAAAACGGAAGAAGAAAAGAUUGGGACCGAAAAAUUUCCUUGUUAUAGGUAGAAUCUUGUAUUGACAGUGCUUUUGUUAACGGAGUUCAACUGUAAUUAUGUGACUGAUUCAGGGAGAAAAUUUACAAGAAAUUUUGCAGAAAGUAUUGAGAAGUCAGACUGUGACAUUCAGCUCACUGUAUAAUAGACACAUAUACUGUAUUUUGCAGAGUUGGGUUGCAAGCUGUUAAAAAACUGAAUUGUUAAAAAAAAAAGAAGAUUUUGAGGUAAAAGCUUCUGAUGUGCUUAGUAACUAUCAAAUCUAGUUGAUCAGUUUCUGCAAUUUGAGGUCCGUUUUAGUCCCAGAUACCUGUGUAUGUGGCCAUGUAAUAUGUAAUUCUUCAUACGAUUCCUGCAGAUAUCGUAUGAGAAAUUCACCGUAUGCGUUCCGUAUAGUUAGGUUCAACAGCAGUGCUGUUGUUGAGACCCUCAGAAGACCAGACACCCAUGCAACAGAGUGAGAAGUUAAAAAGGAAUGCUUUUGACUUUGGCAGUUCAUUUUUUAUAAAAAGCUUGCAACUUAAUUUAGACUGGAGGUCUCGUGCGGGUUCUUGUGAUGGUCUUAAGGGGUCUUGUGAUGGUCUUAAGGGUCUUGACGACAGCACUGGUUGUUUCCAGCACUUCCCUGCGUUUGUUUCACUGAAGAAUUUCUGAACAAACUGUUUCAAAAUGUAGUUAGAUACUCCAGACAUGUCUGUAUUUUCAUAUUUUCAUACACUGUGUGGUUCAGCCUCUAAUGUAUGUUCUAUGUCCUUUGAUCAUUGAAGUGCUGGUUAUUAAACAAUCCUAACCAAGGGCGGAUCCAGAACCUUUUUUGGGGGGGGAGGGGGGAAUUGCUUUGAGGGCUAUAAAAUUGGAUGAAUUCUGUUAUAUGAAACCUUGUAAGCCCUUUCUUUGGGUUGAAGCUAUAUUUAGGGAAAGGACACAGACCAUAAAAAACAGUGUUCUAGCUAGGACCAUUUUAGUGUCUGGUAAAUUUUUGGAUUACUAAGCGUACCAAGCGCAGUGAGCGGAGCUCUUGCAGCCCAUAGCUGGGUUUUUAGGGGAAUCCCAGAAGGGAUUUCUCCCGACAUCAUCUUGAAGGCAUGUUUACAAUAAUGCGGCUGAUAUGAUACGAAGAAAAGGAGAAAUAUAUUUCUUAUGUCUUUACUUGUUAACAUUUGCAAAACAUUGUAAAACUCUGACUCUGUAAGCUUGAAAUAUGAUCAAAUUGGUACAUUUUCAGCAAUAUUUCAGUUGAUUUUUUGGAAAAUCUGUGCUGGGCGGUACAGCCAAUUUGAACCCAAGAGCCGGGUGGAACUUUACAGUCCUGGGUUGUGCCGCCCGGCGCCACCCACCGUGGCUAGAGUUGUUUGCUUCAGGCAUGGCCCUUGUCCUCCCCUCCCCCGAUCCGCCCUUGGUAUCUCCCACCCGUUGUGUUGUGUCUGUUUUCAUUUGGAAACUUAAGUACUACUGUUUAACCACUACAGGACUCGUUUGCAUUUUAAUGCUGCAAGCAGAUUAAAACGACAGAGUCCAGAAAA